UCCUCUGUGCACACACACACGCUGAGGACACUCCGAUUACAGAGUGUAGAGUGUUCCAGGAGAGCGAGCGAACAAAGAGCUGUUGUGCGGCAUAGCAAGAGCAAGGAGUGUCAUUACUCUAUGACCAAGACUACAGAGGCGAAAAGAUCUGCCGGCACCGGCAAUCUGUAGAUCAUUAUGUACGGAAGAAAUCACCACCAAAUCGCAUACCAGCCUUGGGGCGGUCAACGAGCCCCUGAUCAUCAUGGCAAGAGCAGAGACGUCGAAAGCGAGUUACAAUUGGAUCGGUACCGAACACGUCUGGAGAAAGAAAUUGCUGAUCUAGAAGCCAGAAAGAAAGAGUUGUUAAGCCGUUUCCCCGAUCCGGAAUGUGAAAAGAUAUUCAGAGUCUGGGGAGGUUCUGACAUUGUAGAUUCGUCGGAAACCGUCUUCUGUAUAAACUUCCUCCCCCAUUUUCGAGGAAAGCUUCAGGGAACGUUCACAUUAGGUGUCCAGAAAAGAGGAGAAGUUUGGUUUCUGUCCCACCACAAUCUUCCAUAUUCCAUCUCGUGCAUUGCAGAACGAAUUGCUCGUGAGAAGAUAGACUCUAUUGACAAACUAUCUUCAUUUAUUCGUUGUUUGCAACAAGAAAUAAACUUAUAUGUUUGGAGACGAGAGCAAUUUAAUGAAGCUAAGGAAUUGGUUACUCCGUCAUUUGGUAUAUUUCCUAGUAUCAAUACCACUAGGGUAAUGCUUGCAUUCCAUGUCAAUGACAGUGUAGGAUCAGAUCUAUCAAAAGCUUAUGUGCAUUUAACUUAUAAGUCACAUAAAUAUCUUCCUGAAGAGCCUGUAUUCCGAUUUAAAGGUGGUGAUAAAGUGGCCCAGGAGACAUUCAAAGAACAGCUUACCAUCUUGGAAUGUAUGCCCCUUAAAGAAGCUAUUAUAACUGCCUUUCCACGUGCAGAUACUUCGAUGGAUUCGAAUACAUGCUUCCUGUCACAGCCUGGCCCUCAAAUGCUAACAGAGGGAAAAGAGAAAUCAAUUCCAGAGCUUAGCACUCUGGCUAAUAAGAAACGGAGAUCAACUUUGGAGUCAAAAACAACGUCUGAAGAUGAAAAUGUUGCUACGCCAUCACCAGCUGCUCCUGAACCAAACCCUAGGGGAAGAGGCAGAGGCAGAGGGACAGUGAGAGGCAAAGGUGCUGUAAGAGGCAAAGAUGCUGUAAGAGGUAGAGGUAGGGGCAGGGGGAGACCACCAGGCAGAAGGCAAUGAGGAGAUGUCUUUUGCCAGUGACAAAUUCUUAUAAUUGCAGGCAGUGCAGUAUUAUUGUUUUCAUUUAGUUAAGUCAAAGUCACCCUAUAUUUGUAGGUUUAUUGCCAAAUUUGUGCCAUUUGUUUUGUUUUAGGUUUUAUUAAGUUGAUUUUUCCUGAAGUAGAAGGUAAUGAGGAGUUGUCCUCUGCCAGUGACAAAAAUUCUUACAAUUGUAGGCAGUACAGUAUUAUUGUGCCAGUGACAAAAAUUCUUAUAAUUGCAGGCAGUACAGUAUUAUUGUUUUUAUUUAGUUAAGUCAAAGUCAUCUUAUAUUUGUAAGUUAAUUGCCAAAUUUUUGCAAUUGCAAUUAUUUUGCAAUUGACUAAGGGGAUUUUUCCUAUUCAAUUUCCAAUCAUUCUGUAUAUGUUGACUCAUAUGUCAGUUAUGAUUAUAUAUGACCAAAUAAAACUCUAAUUUUCAUAU